AUGCAGAUACGCCCUUUACACUUUCAGAGCAAGAUUUCACAGUAUUGGAUUGCACAAUACGUCCAGGCCCUGAUUCAUAUUAUGGAGCUGUGUAUCUCAGACCCUGACGCAGCUAUCGAAGACCUCCUCCGGCCCAACGUCCAAGAUCUGAAUCAGAUCUGGAAGUGGAACCAUGACCUGCCGCUCACAUACGACUGCUGCAUGCACGAUAUAAUUUCUCAACGUGCCAAUGAACACCCGGAGAAGACAGCCAUUCAGUCCUGGGACGGUAGCUUGUCGUACCGUCAGGUUGAUCGAUACUCAACCUUCCUGGCCUCUUUACUAAGACAAAAGGGUGUCAAAACAGGUGAAUUCUUGCCAUUAUGUUUCGAAAAGUCUCGGUGGACUGUGGUAGCAGUCCUCGCGGUGAUGAAAGCAGGAGGGACGAUGGUUAUGAUGGAUCCAGCACUUCCUCUUGCCCGCCUGCAAAACAUGGCAGAACAAGUUCAUGCAAAGACGAUGAUUGCGUCACGCAGCCAAUAUGCCCUCAGCACAAACAUCUUGCCAGACGGCGACCAUAUCAUCUUGGAGGAGGAUACAUUUGCCCCCUUUCAAAGCUCACAAACUCUACCAGCCUUGCCGGCUGUACUACCUUCAACUCUAAUGUACAUCAUCUUCACCUCUGGAAGCACCGGCACCCCAAAAGGCGUUCAGAUAUCGCACGGCAGCUAUUCAAGCAGUGCUUUUCCCCGGGCCAAGGCGGUUGGCUAUCAUCAAGGUUCUAGAGUUCUUGAUUUUGCGUCCUACGCCUUUGAUGUCAGCAUCGACAGCAUGAUUCUCACUCUGGCCAACAGUGGUUGCCUCUGCAUCCCAUCAGACGAUGAGCGACUCAAUGAUAUCAACACGGCGAUGCGGCAAAUGAAAGUCAACUAUGCAGGUAUCACUCCUUCCGUUGCCCGGAUACUCGACCUGGAAGUUAUUGCAUCGCUUGAAGGCCUUGGGCUCGGAGGCGAAGCCGCCUCGGUGAGCGAUGUCGCAUUCUGGGGCCAGUACACCCGGAUCAUCAUAGGAUACGGCCCCUGCGAAUGCACUAUCGGCUGCACCGUGAACAGCAACGCAGCCAAAGAUAGCGACUACAUCACUAUUGGGCCUGGCAAUGGCGCAGCAAUUUGGAUUGUUGACCCUGAUGAUCACGAAGCCUUGUUGCCAGUGGGCGCAGUGGGUGAGUUGCUUGUUGAGGGCCCCAUUGUCGGCCAAGGCUACCUGAAUGAUCCUGAAAAAACGGCCGUUGCGUUCAUUCAAGACCCCUCGUGGCUCGUAGCGGGCCAUGCUCAAUACACCGGCCGCCGUGGUCGCUUAUACAAGACUGGAGAUCUCGGAAAAUACGCUCCAGAUGGCUCCGGCGAGGUCAUCUUUGUGGGGAGGAAAGACACACAGGUCAAGUUGCGUGGGCAGCGAGUUGAGUUGGGGGAGAUUGAGAGUCAGCUCAAGGCCAGGCUGCCUUCAGAGGCCGGUGUCAUAGCUGAGGUCAUCACGCCAUCUGGAUCUGGAUCACAGCCGACUCUCAUUGCAUUCGUCUCAAGUCAAACUGGAAAAGCAAUUGAUGAUCGACAGUUGGAGCUGGCUGAGCUUCCUAGAGAGCUCCGCGAAACCAUGUCAAAAGCCGCCACUGACAUUGCAAACGUCCUGCCCCGAUACAUGAUCCCAACUACAUACAUCCCAGUCAAUUAUAUCCCAACGUUGAUAUCGGGCAAAAUUGAUCGCAAGCGACUUAGAGAAUUCGGCACCACCGUCGACCUGCGACGCCUUGAGAGACGCACCAAGAGCGCGGCCUCCAGAGCCUUCAACGACCUCGAGCAAAAGCUGCGACAAGCUUGGGCGUCUGUUCUGAAACUAGACCAAGAUGAUAUUUCCUUGGAAGACAAUUUCUUCGCAUUGGGCGGUAACAGCUUGGCGGCGAUGAGAUUGGUGUCGUCGUGCAGGGAUCAGGGGCUCGAUCUCAGCGUCUCUGGCAUGUUUGCCAAUCCCAUCCUCGAGGACAUGGCGAGUGUCGUCUUUGCAUGCGAUCAUGGUGCAACUGUAACAGUGCCCGCGUUCUCCAUGAUAUCCCAACUUGCCAGUAGCGCUCGCAGGGAAGCGUCACUCGCGUGUGCCACCACAGAGGCAGCUGUUCAAGAUAUUUACCCCUCUACUCCCACUCAAGAGUCGUUGUUCACCUUUUCUCUCAAGUCAGCCAAACCUUAUAUAGCACAAAGGGUUGCGUGCAUUCCAUCCGACAUAGCGCUGCAUGAUUGGAAGCAGGCAUGGGAGUCAGUGGUCGAGGCAACUCCCAUACUACGCACUCGCUUGGCCCAGCUGCAGGAUCCGGGGCUGCAACAAGUUGUUCUUGAAGAGAACAUAGUCUGGAAUCACUCCACUGAUCUCGCCCAAUACCUUGAGGACGAUCGGGCUCGGCGGAUGGACCUGGGGCAGAGCUUAGCUCGAUGGGCCAUUGUACAUAACGACGCGGACGGCAAGCGAUAUAUGGUCUGGACGAUCCAUCACGUCCUCUAUGAUGGGUGGUCUGAGCCCAUCAUACUGGAAAAGGUCCGUGAAGUCUUACAACGUGGUAAGACAGCACCGAGUGAGCGGCCAGAGGCGCACAUGCGGGACUUUGUCAAGUAUGUGCGGGACACAGACCUUGCGACAAUGCAGCAGUUUUGGCAACAGGAGCUUGACGGCGCCGUAGACGCCCAAUUCCCAAGCUUACCCUCCAGAGACUUCCUACCAAAUCCGGAUACUGUCGUGGAGCGCCAAAUACCCAUCACGACAACCGCCGGGUUCCCGUUUACGUUGGCAACCGUGAUUCGUGGCGCCUGGGCCCUGGUUGCAUCUCAAUACAUGGCGAGCGAUGACGUCGUAUUUGGAGAAACGCUCACAGGUCGUGAUAUCUCGUUGCAGGGAGUGGAGGGGAUCAUUGGUCCACUGAUUGCUACCGUGCCAAUUCGCAUACGUAUCAACAGAGCGAUAUCUGUCAAAGACUACCUGAAGGCUGUGCAGCGUGCUAUUCUCGGCCGCACUCCAUAUCAGCAUAUGGGCAUGCAGCAUAUCAGAAGAGUCAGUCAAGAUGCCCAGCACGCUUGCGAAGCGGGAACAGGGCUGGUUAUCCAACCGCAGCCGGAGUACGACGGCACUGAUCUCGGCUUUGAUCAGGGAGAUGUUGUUCGAGAAGCACUACAUUUCAACCCGUAUCCGCUGAUGCUGGCGUGCGGUAUGCAUGCUCGUGGGUUUAGGGUGUGCGCAAGCUUCGACAGCAGCCUGAUAGAUAUUGGCCAUAUGAAGCGGAUACUUGCACAACUAGAGACAGCUUGUUCGCAGCUGAUGAAAGAUCUCAACGCGAGCGUCGGCAAAAUCUCUUGUAUCCCAGAAACCGAGCUGAGUCAAAUCUGGCAGUUCAAUCGAGACCCUCCAGUUUCCUUUGACGAGACAUCAAAGAAACUACGAGCGGCUGCGGAAAUACAGCCAGGUUCUAUGUAUCCUCCCUUUUUAGUCCCUUGGGUUUGCAAGCCGGGAAGCCCGUCUCUUUUAGCACCUAUAGGAUGUGCUGGUGAGCUUUGGGUUGAAGGCCCAAUCUUCGCCUCCAGCGAAACCAUUGAACCACCUGACUGGCUUUUGACCGGAAGCUCCGAAGUCAUUGGCCGAGGAAGUCGACUGCAAGCGACAGGGGAUAUUGUCAAGCUGCAAGAAGAUGGACAGCUGCUGUUCAUAGGCCGAGCCGAAAACAUUGCACCUGUCAAUGGCCACUCAGUAGACGUUCAUCGCUUCGAGGCUCAUUUCGCUCAUUUCCUACCGCAGUCAAGCCGUGCUGUUGCGGCUAUAUAUCGUCCCGAAAAUGAGCAGCCUGCACUGGAAAGGCUGGUUGUGUUAAUUGAGCAACAGUGCUGGGACGGGCCUGGCGAUGUUCUACUAUCGGAAGACUACAAAAUAAGUUGCACGGCUUCCGACACAGAGAACGCAGAGACAUAUAUCUACGCAUCGAUUCCCAGCAGCUUGACAGAGUCGUUGAGGAGGCUCGACAAGUUCAUUCGGAAUUCCCUCCCAUCUCAUAUGUUGCCUUUCGCUUACGUCGCCAUCCACAGGAUGCCCAUGACGAAGGGACAAGUAGACCACCGGUUAGUCAACCAACUUGCCUCAAGGAUUCCCGUAGCAGUGAUGGCGCAGCUUCAGGAAAACCUUUCGAGGAAAUGGGACCAAAGCCUAGUCCCAGCCAAUCUGACACUCUCGGAAAACAUCUUACGAUCUGCCUGGGCGGCCGUGCUAGGUAUUAGCAUGGAUCAAAUUGAUGUUGACGACAACUUCUUUCGACUUGGCGGAGACUCUGUGUCAGCUAUGAAGCUCACGUCAAGUCUUCGGAGGCAAGGGCAUGGUUUGAGUGUGGCGGCAAUCUUCCAGAACAUGCGGCUCGGUGAUGCUGCCCGAGUCUUGAAGGUAAACCAACUGUCUGAUCAGGAAGCAGAGCCUUACAGAGCGUUUGCAACUCUUGGCUCCAUCGAUGUUGAUCUCUUUCUAUCAGAGUUCAUUCGUCCUAAGCUUUCCGAUCCGCGUUGGGCUAUCAAAGACGUGCUCAUAGUCACAGACUCUCAAGCAUUGGAUAUUAGGGCAACGAUUCAGAAGCCACGCACGUCUAUGCAAUAUACGAUGCUCUAUUUCGAACAGGCAUCUGUCAACCAGUCUACACUAAUACGCGCCUGCUCCGAUCUCGUCGAAUGUCAUGACAUUCUGCGCACAGUAUUUGUUGAGCAUAACACAACACUCUUCCAGGUGGUUCUCGACAAAGUAUAUGUCCCAGUGACUAUACAGACGGCAGAUACGUGCCUCGAUGAUUUCAUCGCCAGCCUAUGUACCGAUGACGUUGAGUCUGAGUUCGAGCUCGGCUCUCUUUUCGUCAAGUUUUAUUUUGUCCAAGGCAACAAUGGCCAAUGUUGUCUCGUCCUAGGGCUGUCGCACGCCCAAUAUGAUGGAAUUUCUCUGCCGCGGUUGCUCCAAGACCUCGAAACGCUCUAUACUGGAGGGCAAGUUGGAAAAUUCGAACCCUUCUCUGCCUAUGUGGCCCAAACACAGAAUGAGCGUAGGCAGAAUAAGGCUCUGGAUUACUGGGGUGACCUUCUGGACGGCUCGACCCUCUCUAUCUUACCCGGCCAAUCGGCCAAUCUUCAAGACACGGCCGUGUUCCGAUCGAAGCAAACCGAGGUCUCAAGUCCGCCUGAGGGCAUUACAGCGGCUAGUGUGCUCACGGCUGCAUUUGCCCUGGUAAUUGCUCGCCGAACCCGCACGUUGGACGUUUCGUUUGGAGGAGUAACAUCCGGCCGGGGCAUCGACCUAGCCAACGUGGAGAACGUCGUCGGUCCCUGCUAUCAGUUCACGCCCAUUCGAAUCGUUUUCCAGCCCCAGUGGUCUGCGAUGGACCUCUUGCAGUCUGUCCAGAGGCAAAAUGCUGAGUCCGCUGCUCACGACUUUGUUGGCUUCCAGCGAAUCGCUCAAAAGUGUGCCGUAUGGUCUUCAGGGGCGAGUUUCUUCGAUUCCAUCGUUCACCACCAAGAUUUUGAAGAUUUUGACCACAUGCCUUUUGCCAACGGAACUUGUCGGGUUGAGAUUCUCAAUCCACAUGGCGACGCCGCUUAUCCUUUGAAGGCUGUCUCAUUCUUCAGAGAUGGAAAGCUCAAUGUCGGGAUCGUAGGAAACCAGGCAGAUUUAGCCCUCGCUGACUCUUUGCUCGAGCAAUUAGUUCUUGCGGUGGAAGAAGUUGUUAGACUGGCUACAGAGCAGGCCCUGCUUGAAGUAUAA